AUUAACAUGAUAGGAAAGGAAAAACAAAUUCCUGCAACACAAUUAUUUUUUUUCCCCCCCUUGUGAAUUACUGGAUAAUUAUUCAUCCGCAGGUCUGAUUCAAAUAAAUGAAUCUGAGAAGGCAACCUGUGAUGAAGAACGGAAAUACACAUUGUUUUGUUCUACGGGCGCACAAGCCAGCUCAAGAGUGAUAUAAUGUAUCUGCAUGUCAAAACAAAUGAAAUUGGCCUUGUUGGUCUCUCUUCAUCUGCUUUUAUUUGUAUUGUAGAAGAAUGGCUUGAAUUGCCUUGUUUUUUUCCCUUUUAAUGUAUCAAGGAGCAUCAAUUGUGUAUGAGUUGAUUUUUUUCUUUUACACAGGUCAUUCCCACUGAAGGCUCCAUAGGUUUGAACACUCUUGAACGGAUAGUUGAACAGUGAUGCCCACUUCACACCAUAAUUGGCCAGCUGUGUGGAGCGGUUGGUAAACCAAUGGCGCCUUAAUGCCACUGACUGUCGCUCUCACGUCAUGUAGGAACGUGUUAAGCAGUCUUGUUACCCAAAUCACGUUACCUUGCGAGGCAGCUGAGGCACCCGCAAGUUCACAAGCUCAUUCUGGCCUGAUUAUGGCGUGCUACCAUGGCUACGUGGAUGUGGUCAUCGCCCUCUCUCAGUGCCCGUAUCUUGAUGUUAACUGGCAGGACAACGAGGGCAACACUGCUCUUAUUAUAGCAGCGCAAGCAGGUCAUAUGCUUAUCUCUCACUACCUGCUCAACUACUUCCCUGGGCUGGACAUCGAGAGGAGGAACUGUCAUGGUUUCACAGCUUUGAUGAAGGCUGCCAUGCAGGGCCGGGCUGAGUGCGUCAGGGCUCUCAUGCUGGCUGGAGCUGACAUUCAGGCACGGGACAACGGCCGGCAUAUGACACCCAGGGAAUGGGCUCUCUUCACUGGUCGAUACGAGACAGCUUACCUGAUGUAUCGGCUGAUGUCAAAGCCCUGUGCUGAGCAGUUCUGUGACUCAUUCUCCCUGGAGUGGCCCAUGCUGGAGGAGCUGGUGACUCAGGCCAGAGAGCCAAAGUCCUACUGGAGGCGUUUGAUCAACCUCCUCUCCUGCUGCUCUUAUAGGUUUUAUGUCAACAACAGGGUAAAACCUGUGGAUGAUGGCGUUCUUGACCACAUGGUCCGGAUCACUACUAGUAUCUCCAGUCCGUUCAUUGCCAUAUCUUGCCGCACAGUGUGUCCAGGCAGCCCACCGUGCAUCGGGAAGCGUCGUCACGCCGUGCAGGAGAUCCUGAGGAGGCAACGGGUUGCUGAGCUGAAGCGUCUUGGCCCUGACAGACUUAACAACUACAAGAAAUUUUUCCAGAACUCACGGGUCCUUCUCAUCCCCAAGCCGAGGGAUCGGAGGGCCAGCCUCCAGCCGCAGCUGCUGACCAACGUGGCCGCGGCGUCCAUAAGGCGAGCAAGUCUUCUACCUCUGAGUAUGCUGAGGAGAAGCAGCAUGCGGGAAGGCAUCAUGGUCCCCAAAGUAAUACUCUGCAAAGCCCCUUCUCAGAGCUUUAUACCGGAAAAAAUCCCACGGAGCAGUAACCACAACCAUCUCCAGAUUCCCAAAUGGAACUAUAAGAUGAAGAGAAUAGAGAGGAGGCAGGAGGAGGAGAGGAAAAGAUUGUUACCUCUAAUAAGGAGGAGAUGAGGGGAAAGGGGAGUACACCUGUAUGUUCACAUUACCCGAGAAAGCCAGACAUGGCUUGCUUGAGUGUGUCCCUCACAUGGCUCUUACAAUGCACAGUGUUGCAGUUCUAGAAAAACUGACAUGAAGAAUUGACUCUGUUUAAUGUGAAUGUAAGUGCUCAUUGUCGUUUUAGUUUGCUAAGCUUGCCGACAUUGUUGGAUUUCUUGCCUUGUUUCUACUUGAGUUCACACACUUUAUUUGUGAGGCAUUAUUUGUGGUGCAAUGUGGAAAGUAUGGGAGCUCGGGGAGGGUAAAAUCGACACAGUUUAGUAUUUGUACAUACAUUUUUCCAUGUUGGCAGCUUAUAUUUAUCAUAAAUUCAAUGACAUGUGGCAAAAAAAAUUUAAAUAAGUGCUCAUCAAAUUGUCUAAAGCAGUGGCUUAGAUGAAUAUAUGCUACCAAAAAAGGACGCAGAAUGAUGACAGAUUUGGUAAACGAAACAGAAACAAAGGAGAGGAAGAGAUUAAUAUUAAGGGAAAGAAAAGUGCUUAGCAAGAGAGACAAAAACUAGCAAUGAGACGUCAUGCUGAGUUGGAGAACACUAGUAAAGGACACAGGAUAAAAGGCUGAACAAAGUGAAAUUUGACAGGCACAUUUGCCAGAGAGGAAUAUCAAGAGGGGAGAAAUGGGGCUUGAAAAUGCAGGAAGUUGACAGCCAGUCGGACGGAUUUCACAGGACGGAGAGGAGAGCUCUGACACGGCCAUAUGAAGAUAGGUGGCUGGCUGCUACAGCAGAUUGCCACAGGAAAGGACCGCUGAGCAUGCAGGAGGAAACCAGGAAGACACUUUGCACUGAUACAUAGUACAACAGGUAGUUGCAAGGAAGGGGAAGAGCUUAUGAGCAGUAUUUGACAGCUGAGCUGAGGAGGCAGCUCACAGGCUUUGCAAGGGCUUUGUGGAGAAUUGGAAAGGCAGAGCCAAAAAUAAACAGCUUAGUGUUACUACCGUGACUUGUUGACUUCUGAAAUAAUGAAAAAAAAAAAAAAGAGAGUCCACUGGUACUGUAUGCAUCUCCUGCUUUGACUUGGAGCCAUGGAAGCCCACCAUUAGUUGUUCAGUGUGAAUGACUGUUAUAAAAACACAAUUAGGGAAACUACAUACAAAUACAUUAAAUGUAUUUGUAUGUAGUUGUAUAUAUAUAUAUAUAUAUAUAUAUAUAUAUAUAUAUAUAUAUAUAUAUAUAUAUAUAUAUAUAUAUGGAUUUAACAGGACAUAUGCUGUCUGAUGUAUUACCUUUACCACCCUCUGGCAGCAAACACUGGAAAUUCCCUAAAAACUGUACAAAAGUAAAAAUCAAUGCCUGUUGAUUCCGGAUGUUGCAAAAGCUAAUGGAUUGGUAUAGAAAUCCUGCAAAAACCCUCUUAAAAAUAAACAAUAUAAUAAAGUGAGGGUGUGAUGCGCUUAGCACAGAUGUCUUUUUGUGCUGUGACCGAGUAGAGGUCGCCCACUAAUCAGAAGGUUGGCGGUUUCCCCCCAACCUGCAGGUCGAAGUGUCGUUGGGCAAAAUACUGAACCCCAAAUUGCUCCCAUCUGUGUGUGAGAUUGUGUGUAAAUGAUUAGUUUAUUUCUGAUGAGCAGUUGGCACCUUGCAUGGUAGCCUUUGCCAUCAGUGUGUGGAUGUGUGUGAAUGUGUGAAUGUGACUUGUAGUGUAAAGCGCUUUGAGUGGUCAGAAGACUAGAAAGAUGCUAUACAAGUACAGUCUUAUUUACAAUUACAGACAGAAUUUUGCUAUAUACACUGAUUUGAUAAGUAUCCUCACUGCCCUGUAUUAUUAUAAACUAUAAUGAACUGGUCGUGGAUCACAUCUCUCGCCCGCGUCCAGGUACCUGUCUCUUCAUCCCCUUGCAGUUCUCAUGCAUCCGUUCCCGUUGGAGACUGUGGUUGCUUCGACAUACAUUCGACAUUUAGUAUGGGAUUGGUUGGCACACUUUUCAAUCUGCCGUAUUUCUCUGGCAAACCUUCUGUUAGAAUAUUGUAACUAGCAGCAAAUGAAAGGUUAAAGUCUCGGCUACACAUAAAUAUAUUUUAAUGUACAAAAAUGUUUUAUGAAAUUAGGUGAUUGUUGAUUAAAGUCAUAUUGUUGGAGGGACCACAUCAGUUUAUGAAACGGGCCCCCAGAUGCUUAAGGCCACCACUCGCUGUGAGGCAGGACAAAUCUCACUAAAUACCUCUUUUAACAUUACGAUAUAAUUAUAUACAUGCACACAAAGAGAUGACUAAGCUAUAUCUACUCUUUUCUACUUUGAACUGUUGAUCUCUGGGACUGGACCACAGUGAACGGUUCUUGCAUGGAAUGAAGUACAGUUCAAGGGAUCUAUAGAUUUCUUUACAUUUCUGCAAGGAACUCAUCGAUAGCAAAACACAAGACUCAUUUCUAACACGCCUUUAACAAUUUUUUGUACUAGGAGGGAAGCUGAUGGAGGAUACCAUACAUCAUGUAGAGGGAACGGAGGAUGGCCUGACAAAUACAUGUCACCCUGUCAUUGGCUUCUGAGGAAAUACUGUGAUUUACCAAAUGGAUCUUUUUUUGGACCUUCGUUUCUCAUCGAUUGUGAAUAAUCAAGUUCAGCUCUCCUUUCAGAUAUGUAAAAUAAAGGGCUUAUAGGUCAGUUUCAUGCACCUCUUUGCCAUGCAGCGAUAAACUGUAGGAGGACAUUUUCAAAAAGUUUUAAUGAAGCCUCUAAUUGUGUAACAUCUUUCUGUUUUUUCAUUACAGCAAAAUAUCAUCCCAGUGGCUGUAGUAAACUUGUUUGUGAUGCUCUGCCAAACUGAACAAUCACUUAAUGUCACCACAGCGAUUCACGAUGUAGCCAUCCUGCCACAGUGUUUUAUGAAUAAUACUUUACUCUUACCACUUCAUGAAGCAGUGACUUAAGUGGACGAAACCAGAAAUUGUAAAAGCGAAAAAUACAAUGUUCUGUCAAA